AUGGGGGAAUCGCAGGAUACUCGGACGCCAGAGGAGAAAGUAAAAGCUUGGUUUGAAAGGACUGGCGUUGACGAUUACGAGUAUCAUGAUGGGUUGGUCUCUAGGUCAUUGAAGCUCGAGGAGGUGACUAUUGCGCCUUCUGGGGAGGCUAUGACGGUGUUUAGCUUUGUUGUUCCUAGACAAUUAUGCAGUAGAUCCUUUGUAUCGAACUACGGUGGCAAUCUGCACGGCGGCGCUGUUGCAUUGAUUUUUGAUGUCACGACUUCUGUGACCAUUAUGGCGCAAAGUCGUGAAGGGUUCUGGGAUAUGGGUCAUGUAUCUCGCACUCGUAAGUAA